AUGUCUACACGUUAUAAUGUCACCCUCGACACAGGCACUCCCGCCGAUGGAGCGGAUAACCGGGGUUUCGACCAGGUUACUGCUCUGUCCCAGGGCGUCAUCAACGCAAGCUUCCAGCAACUAUUCAAGUCCGUUGAAGGAGUGAACGAGAUUGCUUAUGUGUCACGUCUGCAAGGCCGAUUUGAAGCCGUGAUUGAUGCCCCGUCUAUCAUGAUCAAUGGUGCCACGACAAAUGCCACCGAGAUCAUGUACAUCUUUCGAAUCAAGAGCGGCAAAUUUCUUUUCAUAGAUGGCGUUGAGCGCAAGAUCUAUGACUGGGCUCUUGCUAUACCAACCAAAGUCAAUGAGGUAUCUUAUGAAGAGACUGCCGGAGAUACCCCAGAGGCCGCCCGCCGUAAGAAACGCUGGCGCAAGGAGUUGCAGGACAAGUACCCUGGUUUCGUUCCUGGAGACUAUUCCGUUCAGCGCAUCUUCUGUGCUCUUGGCAGUGCCGGAUGGUACAAGCCAGAUGAGGACUCCAGCACUGUGUGGGAUCCGGUCGCCCAGCAGACCAUAUCAUACAAGGUAUGGCUGAACAGAGAGGAGAACAAACUUUACAAGGACAUCAUACCUGGCCUGCUUUCUGGAUGGGCUACGAAGGAAGGCGAGGAUGCGGUUGCUACUAUGGGUAUCAAGUUUAACCUGUCACAAAAGAGAAUACAAGCUGGUGCACCAACUUUCCGACCCGUCCACAUCUUCAAUCAGGUCUACCCCUACCUGACAAGCGACCAAGACCGAGGCACCAUGAGCCUUGGACGGUACACGGAUGAUUACAUUAAUCCCAGCAAUCCUUAUGGCAAACUCACACCUGGAGACUACAACUGCCUCUUGUACUGCGAACAAGUCGAUCGGCCAACAGGCAGGAAGACGACCAUCUUUGAGAACGGCCGCUCCAAGAUCGUGGAUGAGGUCGCCGCUCGCAAUUUGCCAAAGAACCUCAAGCUAGGCCACAGCGGGAACCUGGCAGAGCCUGGCAUCGUGGGCUCUUAUGUUAUCCAUCAUCGCAUCUUCCUCCUUGACUUCCUUCUGCCGCAGCUUCAAGAGCUAUGUAUGGCUACAUUUGUUCAAGUCGGGAAGCCUGAUAGGCGCUGGGAUACCUCGACUAACUGGCCCAACUUUUGGUCGAAUCGUUCCAUCGGUUGUGAACUCGAAGGCCAGCCCGCAAGAGAAGCUAGUGAUCCUAUCUUCAAGUUUGAACACAAGUCUGACUCCAAAGGAGACUAUUAUAUGUGGUUCAAGAAGAGUGAGGCGAAUGGCCUAAACGACAUUCACACCUACAAGUAUCCAGACUCAGACCGGAUUUGCAUGUACAACAACUACAACAUGUGGGCUGACUCGAGUGUCGAAGUCCGUUGGGUGGCAGGUAGCGAUCGACUGGAGGUUACAGGAAAGGUAUACCAUGAGACCUACAUUGCAUACUCAUACCUACCGGAAGUCAAGACCGACCUUCAAAGAAAGCAUACCAAGUACACAGCCAGCUGGUCAUUUCAAAUAGUGCUCAAGACAGUUGAAAGAACCGUCAAGGUAGACGGCAAAGAGGUCAAGUUGAUGGCCUUGGAGGCAGUGAUCGAGGGCAUCAACAAGUCCACCAAUGUGCCCCUCAACACUUCUGUCGACUGCAUUUCGGUCCUGGAUGAAACGCCAGAACGCGGCUCAAAACAGUGGAUGCUUGACAAGCUCAGUAAGAUGAUCUCCACUGGCAUAGGUAUCGUCUCUGCCAAUUUGGAAAAGCGCUUCCGCAACUCGGGCAAGUAUAACUAUCCAGGGUAUGGCGAGUUGGAGUUCACGGAUCCCAAGUUCACGUCUGUUGGUAACAUCAUCACCAAAGUCAACUUCAAGCCGCCGUCUCAUGCCGACGGGAAAAUGUAUUUCCCAGCCGUUGACCCCAAGGACCAUGUCUUGGUGCCGCCUUCCAAGCCAGAUCCCGAUACUUCCACGUUCCAGGAAGGCCUCAAGCACACUGGCGAGCUGUCUCUCGACUGGCACCAGACUCUCAACUACAACAAGGAUACGGGAAUUGGUCGUCUCACUUUCACUGUGUCGAAUCGAAAUAAGUUGAAGAAGGAUUUAGCCUAUGGUUUUAUCCGUAUCAGUCUUGAGUACACGCCAAACAAGCUUGUCGACGGCAGGGUGAAGGAUGCUACACUCUUCGGUCCUGAUGACUGGGAGAAAGAGCAGAAGGCCGUGGUGCCUGAGCCUGAUGAGAAAGAGGACGCAGUGCCUGAGCCGGUUGGCGAGGUUCCAAAGGAAACCACCAAGACUGGGACCGUCAGCAGCCAGCCUGAUACAGAUACCACUGUGUUGAGUGGCUCAGUCCAGAGUCCCCCUGGUAUACUUCCGAAGCCACCACAAAAGCCAACUCAUCAGGCCCCUGUCGCAGGUGACAGGAAGCCCAAAGGGAACGUGUAUGCGUUUGAACGUCGAUGGGUAGUUGAUCCAGAGCAAUACGAGGAUGUUGAUGGGGCCACAAUGGACCUGGAACCAACUAUCUCAGUCAACCCAUUGACAAAGGCUAUCGACAUCACAUUCGACCCUAUCGCCAAUCUCACCCCUGAAGAAGAAGAGGAAGAGUAUAUGCCAGCGCCCGAAGGUUUUGUCAUCCCAUAUAACCAGACAUUCACGCUCGACCUUCAGGGUAGAAUCGAGCCGGGUGAGUAUGCUAUUCAGAUUUACGAAUCUUGGAAGAAGAUUGAUAAGUAUAAGCUAUCAGAGGGUAGCUUUGCGAUUGACUGGAAGAUGGCUAGUCUUCGCGAAGUGUCUCCUCGCAAGUUCAAGACGGAUGUAUGGGAUGUUUCAGACCGAAUUGCCGAGGAAGAAGCGGCUAAGAAGAAGGAUACAGAAUCGUAA